AUGAUGCGCAGACGCCACAAGAAAUCACGCCGGGGAUUUGUGCUCGAUCACUAUACAGAAACAUGUUCAACCGCCGACAACGGUUUGCAGUGCGAUGAAACCCGGCCACGGUGCAUCAACUGCACGACUGUGGAGAGGGAGUGCCAGUACUCGACCCCUGGAUAUCAAUCACCUUCCGAGACCUCAGGGAGUCCCGCGCCGGUAUCUCAACAGACGCCCUUCCAAGGCUCCGUCUCGACCCCUGCCUCGGGGGCGGCCUCGGACCACAGCAUGCCCGCUCCGGCUCUCUCGCCGGAGGCACCGGCACCACCUAUGCUGGACAUGCGAACUUUUCCUCACACUGGGGACAUGAACGGCAAAGUCGACAUCGUGCACAUGCAGCUGUUUUAUCACUACGUGACCAACCACUCGGUCAUCUAUCCGUUUGUCGAUUACGAUGGUAGACUGAAACGCAUCAUUGUCGAAGUUGCCCUCCGAGAGCCGUUUCUUUUGCACUCGAUCCUCGCAAUGGCAAGCCGGCAUCUGAGCAUGACCGGAACCGGCAACACGGCCUACUACCACGACCUUGCCAUUGAGCUUCAGACGCAAGCCUUGUCUCUAUUCAACAGCUUCGAUGUCGAGCAUUUUGCCCAGUCGAUCGAGCGACGAGUGCCCGUCUUCCUGUUCUCUGCGAUCCUAGGCUUCCAUGCCUUGUGCGACAUGCUGGCGUACCAAGACGACACCUAUCCCUCCAACCUGGCCAGGCUUACAGGAUACUUUCGUCUCCAUCGAGGCAUUCUUUCCGUCAUGGAAGGCCACUGGGAAGAUCUCAAGAAGACGGAGCUUAGCAUCCUCUUUGACCACAUCGUCCCUCGUUGGUAUGAGAUCAGUGAUGAUGACGGGGGCUCGGAUUGCGACGACAUCAAACAACGAGUUCGGGAAUCCCCAGAUCUGGAUGACGGGCAGCGGGAGGCGUUUUUCAAGGUCCUCAAGUAUCUCCAGUGGGUGUUUGAUGCCACGCCCAACUAUCGCAGCCGAGCUCAUAUGUUGUGCAGUUUUGCACCCUUUGUCGACGCUGUCGAGGCAGGCAAGCCUGAAGCGCUGGCCAUACUCGCCUACUUUUAUGUCGCCCUGCAUUUCUGUCGUGACAUCUGGCUGAUUGGAAACUCGGGCCAGUUUCUGUUGACGUCGGUCGCCACUCACCUCAACCAGCUCGGCCCAGAGUGGUCGGCCUGGUUGGAGAAGCCAUGUCAAAUGCUGCGGGACGUUGUGUGUGUGUGUGUGUGUGUGUGUGUGUGUACCGCCGCAAUGGGUCACGAUAUCGUCAUCUCCCGGCCCUCCGAGGCUGAUGCCGGGCGCAUCGCAGAAAUCCACAUCUCCGCCAUGGGUUCGAACCCACUCCUGCAUGCACAGUUUCCCACGCCAGAAGGUCUCCAGGCGCUUCGCCGCUUUCUCGAGGCCGAGACGCUCGACGAGAUUCGCGACGCAGUGUCUGGUGUUUUGGUCUCGCGGGAUGGCCCAGAUGGACCGGUGACUGGGUUCGUGAAAUGGACCUCCCCAUCCCAUCCCCAGGAUGUCAAGCUUGAAAGGGGCGAUAUUGUCCACCUGGAGGGAUGCUGCCGUCGGUUUUUGGAUGAAUACGCUUCGCUCGCCGAGCAAGCCAAGGAGAGAUCGGUGCGAGAUGAGCCGCCUUGCUACCGAUUGAGUUUUGUCUGUGCGGAUCCUGAAUAUCAGGGUAGAGGGAUAGGUACGCAGUUGACUCGGAAGGUAUUGGAGCUGGCCGAGGAGGACAACCUGGCGGUCUACCUGGAGAGCACCGAUGUGGCGGUCUCUAUUUAUCAACGACUUGGAUUUCGUGCUAUCGACAGUUUCGAAAUGCAAAUUCCGGGCCGACAAGAGACAGAGAGGGUGGUUUACAAGGAGGUGUGCAUGAUAUGGUACCCUUCUGGCAAAAGAUAG